AUGUCGUCGUCGCAACCUCUGUUCGCCAACUUGACGGAGCCUGAGAUCGAAGAGCUCAACAGAAAGAUACAAACGGGCUGCUACGCCUACACACCUCUUCUCGAGCCGAGUUAUGGCUACAUCCCAACUUUCGCUGGCGGCAUCGUGCUGAGCAUCCUCUAA